UUACAAUAGUGGAGCCCUGGGCAGGACCAUAGGAAAAGGACUUCUCAAUGGACAGACAACUGACUUUGAAUACUUUCCAAAGACGCAGUCGAGCUAAAAGAGACACAGGAACCCCUUUCGGAGACGCGUCUUUAAGCAUGUAUAGCUUUUUUGGUUUGUUUUUCGAGUAUUUGCAGCACAGUUUGAGCUGAAAAGGUGGUGGUGUUGUAGUAGCGCUCGUGUGUGUGUGUGUUUUUUUUGUGAGUGAUUUCCUGUUGGUGCCUGGAAAAGACGAGACGAGGAAAGUUUACUUGCUCUUGUUCAGCAUAUAGUCCAAAGUACUGGGAAAUUAAAGUGGGUGUCUUGUAAAAAAAAAAACAACAACUAAAAACUUAAGCCUGGCCCCGUUUCCUGAACUUAGUGCGGAUAACCUGGGACCUCUACAGCCGCCUCCUGUUGGAAGAGACAACACUGAAUCGGACCCACGCUAUGGGCAACAAAGAAAGCCCUUGAACAACUGGGCAAGUUAUUUAGUAACCAGCGACCAUACUCAGCAUUUAACGUUUGUGGAUUCGUAUGAGUUGGGAGGAAAUGGACACCACGCCAGAAUGGAAAGGGAAUUAUAAAUGAGUCGUUUGACAAACAAAGGAGGACACCUCUGUCGGGAGUGAAUACCGCCGAGCACAGGGAAAGCCCUGCGAGAAAUGGAGGAGGAAGGCUCACAUGAGCCAAACAACGUACUGGAAAAUGUCUCAUUUUUGUCUUUAACUGGGUCCGCAUUUCAUGUCACCCUUUCGUAACAAAGCGACUCACUGAUCAUCUGCCCUGUUAAGCAUCAGCACGUUCUUUCCUUUGCCAAUGCCGCAGCGGUUUUCUGGUCGCGUGUGAAAAUGAGGGCGCAUCUGUUGCAGUUGUUUGUGAUUUUGCUGCUCGGCGGCGGCUCGGUGGCAUCAUCUGAUUGCAAAUCAUAUGACGAACGCUCGAAAAGCGGUGGGAGAAGCCUGCCUUCCGACAGGAAGGUGGUGUGCAGCAACAUGGAGCUCCAUCAGGUGCUGCCCCCAGACUCCUUCCCCAACAGGACAGUCACACUAAUUUUAAACAACAACAAGAUUCAAGAACUCAAAAAUGGAUCCUUCUUUGGAUUGUCUACUUUGGAAAAACUGGACCUGCGGAGUAACACGAUCAGUCAUAUUGAACCGGGCGCUUUCAUCGGACUGGCGGCACUCAAAAGACUAGACUUGUCCAACAACAGCAUCGGCUGUCUUAAUGUGGACAUCUUCAAGGGCCUCACCAGUCUGACCAGACUAAACCUUACAGGGAACAUGUUCUCUUCGUUGGCUCAGGGGACCUUUGACAGCUUGGUAUCUCUGAAAUCAUUGGAGUUUCAGACACCUUACCUGCUGUGCGACUGCAACCUUCUGUGGCUGCUGCGUUGGAUCAAAGAGAGGAACAUUGCAGUCAAGAACACCAAGUGCUCCUACCCCCAGUCUCUCCAGGGCCAGCUCAUUACCUCCAUCAGGCCAGAGCUCCUCACAUGCGACGCUCCACUCGAACUGCCCUCCUUCCAGCUGACUCCGUCCCAGCGUCAGGUCGUCUUUCAGGGAGACAGUCUGCCAUUUCAGUGCCAGGCCUCCUUCGUGGCCGAGGACAUGCAGGUGCUCUGGUACCAGAAUGGCCGCAUGGUCAAACCCGACGCCGCCCAAGGAAUCUUCAUUGAAAAGCGCAUGGUGCAGAACUGCUCUCUAAUCGCUAGCGCAUUGACCAUCUCAAACAUUCAGCCUGGUUUCACUGGGAACUGGGAGUGCCGGGUCAGGACAAGCAGGGGCAACACCACCAGGACUGUCAGUAUUGUGGUGUUGGAAAGUUCUGCUAAGUACUGUGCGCCUGAACGCGUCUCCAACAACAAGGGAGAGUUCAGGUGGCCGCGCACCCUGGCAGGGAUCAGAGCCUACCUCCCCUGCAACAGACUACCAUCGAGCGCAGGCACCUACUCGGGCAGCCCGGGGGAAGAGCAGCGGGCGUGGCGCUACUGUGAUCGCGAGGGGCUGUGGGCGGAGGAUGACUACACCCGCUGCCAGUUCCAGAAAGAUGUCACAAGAUUUCUGCAUGUCAUCAACCAGAUGCCUCUGAAUGAGAGCAGUGUGGUGGCCAGGGCUCAGCGCCUGUUGGUCUGCACAAAUGACGCUGCCAACUUCGCGGACAAGAUGGACAUUAUCUUUGUGGCUGAGAUGAUCGAGAAGAUUGGCAAGUUUGUUGAGAAGUUUAAAGAUCUGGGCGGGGUGAUGGUAAGCAUGGCCAGUAACUUGAUGCUGGCCGAUGAGAGGGUGCUGUGGAUGGCUCAGCGUGAAGCCAUGGCCUGCUCCCGCAUCAUCGCCUGCCUCCAGAAGAUUGCUGUCUACCGUCUGGCCAAAGCACAGGCCUUCUCCCUGACAUCCCCUAACAUAGCACUGGAGAUUCACAUUGUCAGGGCCAACGACUGGAACGGCAUGACCUGCACGCUGCAGGACCGUCAACUUACCUUCAAGUGCAACACAACCAGCUCCUUCCCCAGUAUCCUUCACAAGAGCACCAUUGUGGAGGCUUCCCUGCAGCUUCCUCAGUCUCUCUUUACCCAGGCCGAGGACACGGUCUACAAGCUCCAUCUAUUGGGCUUCCGCAAUGGCAAAUUUUUUCCCUCCACUGGCAACUCCUCCCAACUGGCUGAUGGUGGGAAGAGGAGGAGUGUGGCCACCCCUGUCAUCAUGGCCAAGAUAGACGGCAUGUCCUCCCACAUCCUGAGUACGCCCGUUAAUGUCACCCUGCGGCGGUUUGCCCGUGGCUCUGACGCUGUGUCCGCCUGCUGGAACUUCAGCCUGGCAGGAGGCCACGGGGGAUGGCAGAGCGACAGCUGUCGCAUCCUUGGCCACCAUGACAACUUCACCACCAUAUCCUGCAACUCCCUUGGCAACUACGGCCUGCUGAUGGACCUCAGCAGUGUGGAAUAUUUCUCUCCAAGGAUCCAGCCCCUGCACCCAGUCAUCUACGCCACCACUAUCAUACUCCUUCUCUGCCUGCUCAUCAUUAUCAUCAGUUACAUCUACCAUCACAGGUCUGUCCGUGUGAGCCGCAAGUUUUGGCACAUGCUGGUCAACCUCUGCUUCCACAUCUCCCUCACGUGCGGGGUCUUCGUAGGCGGCAUAAAUCAGACGCGAUACGCAAGCGUCUGCCAAGCAGUGGGCAUCUUGCUGCACUAUUCCACCCUGGCUACCGCUCUGUGGGUGGGCGUGACCGCACGCAACAUUUACAAACAAGUGACACGCAAGGCCAAGCGUUAUGAAGAGCUGGACGAACCUCCACCUCCGCGGCCUAUGCUGAGGUUCUACUUAAUCGGCGGAGGGAUACCCAUCAUUGUCUGCGGGAUCACUGCAGCAGCUAACAUCAAGAACUACGGUAGCCGGAUCAAUGCACCAUAUUGCUGGAUGGCAUGGGAGCCCAGUAUCGGGGCUUUUUAUGGCCCAGUGGGAUUCAUCGUCUUUGUGGACUGCAUGUACUUCCUCAGCAUCCUACUCCAGUUGCGCCGCCACCCUGAGCGCCGUUAUGAGCUCAAGGAGCCAACCGAAGAGCAUCAGCAUCUGGCUUCAGACCACACUGAGGCCGGGCCAGAUGGUCCCAGCAGCCACUGCCACCCACUCACUCUCCAGCUCCAGCCUCACGAGGCGCCGUCCUCCAUAGCAUCUGCCCACCACGCUGUGCCACUCUCAGCCCUGGAGAACGAGCACACCUUCGCCGCUCAGCUGAUGGGUGCAGCAGGGGCGUUGGGGCUAUACGCGGCCCUAUGGGUGUUUGGGGCCAUGGCUGUAUCACAGGACCACCCCUUUGACUUAGCUUUCACCUGCCUGUUUGGGGUGGCCGCACUGGCACUGGCGGCGUUCAUGGUGGCACAUCACUGUGUCAACAGGCAGGAUAUGAGGCGCUACUGGUCCCAGGCUUGUUGCUCUGGGAGGCGAGCCUACUCUGCACAGGAGGACGUCCUUCUGCCUCAGCCAGGCGUGGCAAUGACAUCCACGGCAGGAUCUGCUGACAAGGCAGAUGGGGAGUCAACAAAGUGUGGCCACAGCAGCGCAGACUCAUCUUACACAAACAAGAGCGCCCCAAGCAUGCGCAACUCCGCCCAUGGCAGCAAGCUGACCAAUCUGCACGCAGAGGCAGCUCAGUGCAAGUCUGCAUCUGCACCGGUGACAGCCAAUCGGGCAGGUGUUUUGGACAACAGCCUGACUGAACACUCACUUGACAAUGAAAUUAAAAUGCACGUAGCACCAGUUGAGGUGCAGUUCCGCCCGAUGAACAACAUCAACAACCCAAUAGCUGCCACCAACGGACACACGAGUAGGCACCACAAGAACAGAGCACGAGCGCACAGGGCGAGUAGGCUAACUGUGCUGCGAGAGUACGCCUACGACGUCCCCACCAGCGUGGACGGCAGCGUGCAGAGCGCCCCCCACAGGCGGCACCACCACUACGACGUAGCGGCCCGCAACAGUCGCCGGGCAGCCUACAUGGCCUACAGAGAGCGGCACCAGAGCCAGCUGCAGCAGGACAGCAGCGACAGCGCGAGCCUGCCACGCCGCUCCCGCUACGCAGACAAAGGAGGUGGCGGCCCCCUGGGGAACGGGGCAGUGGUUACUGUAGAGACUGAGCCGGCGGCAACUGCUUCGGCGUCAAGCUCAAGUAAAGACUCCGGUCCUGUGAAGCAGCCCAGCAGCACGGAGCUAGAAAGCCAACCAAAGUCAUAUGGACUCAACCUUGUCACUCAAAAUGGUGGCACACUAAAGGAAAAUGGACAGCUGGUGCCUUUAAUUAACGCGGAGAGCGCAGCCAGUAUAAAGACUGGCUUGUGGAAACAUGAAACUACUGUGUAGCGACAGUUUCCGCCACAAAGACUGCAUUGUGAUAUGCUCUCACCUUUAAACUGUGAAGUGUCUUUCUUUUAUGUUGUUUUUCGAUCAAUCAAAUCAUUACUGCCACUGAACUGUCUCUGUAGAUAUGUUUUUGUAAAUGAUCUAUUUUUAUAAUGUUUAAUCGAAACCUUUGUAUUCCAUUUAAGAGUUCUGUAAAUGAAACUGCAUGGUCUGAGCUGUGGCCUAGUGCAAAUCUGGACCCUGGGGAUUUUUUUUUCCUUCAUCAUUUUCUAGUUUGUCCCAACAAUAAUAAAACAAAAGUUGCGUUCACCUAA